UGUCCUUUGUCCCAGAUCAAUUAUUUCAAGAUGUUUUUCAUGCUGUGAGCCUUGUGUGGGAGAAGAAUGUCUAUGGAAUGAAUUCAGCUAGAUUGAAAGUGAAUCAGAAUGGCUGCUGUCAUCUCAGAUAGUCCUCCGAACCCAAGCUGCAAAAUCAUGACUUUUAGGCCUUCAAUGGAUGAAUUCAGGGAAUUCAACAAAUACUUAGCGUACAUGGAAUCACAGGGUGCUCAUAGGGCUGGAGUUGCAAAGGUUAUCCCACCAAAGGAGUGGAAGCCAAGAAAACAUUAUAAUGAUAUUGAAGAUUUGGUGAUUCCUGCUCCAAUUCAACAGAUAGUCACUGGCCAGUUGGGGCUUUUCACACAGUACAACAUUCAGAAAAAGCCCAUGACAGUGAAGGAGUUCAAGCAGCUGGCCAACAGUGACAAAUACCGCACCCCAAGAUACACAGAUUAUGAAGAUCUGGAGCGUAAAUACUGGAGGAACUUGACUUUUGUGGCACCAAUUUAUGGAGCAGAUAUCAAUGGAAGCAUUUAUGAUGAAGGUGUUAAGGAAUGGAAUAUUGCCCAUCUUAAUACAAUAUUGGAUGUUGUAGGAGAAGAGUGUGGAAUUUCUAUCGAGGGUGUAAAUACACCAUAUCUGUAUUUUGGCAUGUGGAAAACGACAUUUGCAUGGCACACUGAAGACAUGGAUCUCUACAGUAUUAAUUAUCUCCAUUUCGGGGAGCCAAAGUCAUGGUAUGCUAUUCCUCCAGAGCAUGGGAAACGGCUUGAAAGACUGGCUCAAGGUUUCUUCCCGAGCAGCUCUCAAGGAUGUGAUGCUUUUCUUCGCCACAAGAUAACUCUGAUUUCUCCAUCAAUAUUGAAAAAUUAUGGAAUUCCUUUUGGGAAGGUUACACAAGAGGCGGGAGAAUUUAUGAUCACUUUCCCAUAUGGAUACCAUGCGGGAUUUAACCAUGGAUUUAACUGUGCAGAGUCAACAAACUUUGCCACCAUUCGAUGGAUUGAUUAUGGGAAAGCAGCAAAAUUGUGCACUUGUAGGAACGACAUGGUGUCAAUAUCCAUGGAUAUCUUUGUGAGGAAGUUUCAACCAGACAGGUAUCAGCUGUGGAAAAAAGGCAAGGAUUUAUAUACCAUUGAUCAUACGAAACCAACACCUGAAUCAACACCUGAAAUAAGGACCUGGCUACGGAGAAGAAAGAAAAUACAGAGCUUUCCGAAGAGCUCCCAGCACCCCAGAUCUCGAUCUAGAAAGCUUAAAACUCCAGAGGACAAGAGAAUAUCUGCUGUGGUAGCUGAUGCAGAAAUCAUCGUGACUGAAGCAGCUACUGCUGGCUUCAAGGUCAGUGAAGAACCUGAAAAAAAAGGGAGAGUGAUAAACACAGGAGUGCCUUCUGGGGAAGAAGAAAACAGUAGUAGAAUGCAGCUGGAUCAACAUUUGUUGGAUCAUGUCAAGGUUGCAGGAAGCCUCACUUCAGACUCCAUUUUGAGCCCUAUUCCUGUAAUAGAGAAAACAAAAAUGGAAGAUGAGGACAUACCGUACCAUAAAGCAGAGGGACAAACUGCUGAAGUAGAAAAUCCAGAUAAAGAGGAAAAUGUCUUGAUAGAGGAUGAUAUCAGCAUAGAAAGCUGUGGAAGUAGUUUGGAACAUGGAGAAGUGCCUGUUGUAAAAAAGGAUGAAGAUGAUGGCAUGGAAACAUGUAGUUCAGAGGAAGUUUCAAGAAAGAAAAUAUCUAAGAGUUGGCGUCAUCCACUAAAUAAACCCCCAGCUAGAUCUCCCAUGAGUUUGGUUAAACAGCAAACAACUAGUGAUGAAGAACUGCCUGAGACUACCUUAAUUGAAGAGAAGGUUCAAGAGACAGAGGCAUGGGCCAGGCCUCUGGUCUACCUUUGGCAGACGAGAGAACCCAAUUUCAGUGCUGAAAAAGAAUACAAUGCAGCUUGUGCAAAAAAGGAACCUCACUGUGCCAUUUGUACUCUUCUCAUGCCAUACUCUAAGCCAGACAAUCAUGAUGAAGAAGGUCCUACUUUCAGGGAAGCAAACUCAGCAGAAACACUGAUGGCAGAAAAUGAAAAGACUAAACCUCUUAUUCCGGAGAUGUGUUUUAUUUAUAGUGAAGAAAACACUGAAAACUAUCCAUCAAAUGCCUUUAUUGAAGAAGAUGGAACAAGUCUUCUGAUUUCCUGUGCAAAGUGUUGCGUACGGGUUCAUGCAAGUUGCUAUGGUAUUCCUUCUCAAGAAAUCCAUAAUGAAUGGUUGUGUUCACGAUGCAGAAAAGAGGCCUGGACAGCUGAAUGUUGUCUCUGCAAUUUGAGAGGUGGUGCAUUGAAGCAAACUACUGACAAAAAGUGGGCACAUGUAAUAUGUGCAAUUGCCAUCCCAGAAGUCAGAUUUGGUAAUGUCACAGAGCGUACUCCGAUAGACACUAGCAGAAUACCUUUGCAAAGGUUAAAAUUGAAAUGUAUCUUCUGCAGACAGAGAGUUAAGAAAAUCUCUGGUGCCUGCAUUCAGUGUUCAUAUGGACGCUGCACAGCAUCCUUCCAUGUUACCUGUGCCCAUGCUGCAGGAGUGCUGAUGGAACCCGAUGACUGGCCAUUUGUUGUCUACAUGACAUGUUUCAGGCACAAGAUCAACCACAAUGUGAGAGCUAAAGCAUCUGAGAAGACCAUUAGAGUUGGGCAGACAGUCAUCACGAAACAUAGAAAUACACGAUACUAUAGCUGCAGAGUCAUGGGAGUGACGUCUCAGCUUUUCUAUGAAAUUAUGUUUGAUGAUGGCUCUUUCAGUCUGGAUACUUUUCCUGAAGACAUUGUAAGCAGAGAUUGCCUAAGGCUGGGUCCACCUGCAGAGGGAGAGGUUGUCCAAGUGAAAUGGCCUGACGGAAAAGUGUAUGAUGUGAAGUAUCUGGGAACAAACACAACUUAUAUGUAUCAGGUUGAGUUUGAAGAUGGUUCUCAAAUAGUAAUGAAGAGAGAAGAAAUAUAUACACUAGAUGAAGAGCUUCCUAAGAGAGUAAAAGCACGUCUUUCUACAGCCUCUGACAUGAGAUUUGAAGACACAUUUUAUGGAUCAGAUAUUAUCUUGGGAGAGAAGAAGAGGCAGAGAGUAUUGAGUUCUCGCUUUCAGAAUGAAUAUGUGGAUGAUCCAGGAUACCGCACAUUCUUAAAAAGCUCAUUCCAGAAGAAAUGCCAGAAGGGGCUAUAAAGGCAGCAGAUGAAGAGAGAGGGAUGUUGAUUAAAAAGCAUGCAGCAUUAUUUGCAAUUGGUUUUUGUUUAAUUGAACACUCUGUUUUCCAUUGAACUAAUCUAUACACCGUCCUCAUAAACUGAAGUACUUAAGUUCUGAUUUCUUCAGUUAAUGUAUUAAAGAUUUUGUAAUGUUUUGCAUUAUAGAACUAGGGGGAAAACCAAGAGAGAUUACGAAAGGAUGUACUGAAGAAAAGUUUCAGUCCUGCUGUCCUAGGUUUUUUGCAGGGGGAUGGAGCCUAGAGCUGUGUGGGUGUGGCUAAAUUGCUGUUCUGUACCACCCACUUCAUCUGUGGGGGGCGUGGCUUCAGGGGGAAGAACAAAAGGCAUGCACAUGGGAAGUACGCUGUUUUCAUUAUGUUUCUUCCCUGGGGAAGCUGCUGGGGCCAGCACUGUGGACUCUGAAAAGCAGUGAACACAGCCAAGAUGUGGCUCCA